AUGGCUGAGGCAGCGUCUGCCGCCACGCCCCCGUGGCGCCUGCACCGGCUGCAGGACUCGCUCAAGCUCGACGUCGACGCCGGCGGCUGCACGAUCGGGCGUGCGCACGUCGUCGGGGAGCCAAAGCAAAUCUCGAGAAGCCACGCGACGUUCCGGCCAGCCGCCGAGGGAGUCCUCGACGUCACGUUUGCCGGACAGCUCUCCUUUGUCUGGAGUGCUCAGAGGCCACGCGAGUGGCAGCGCUUGGGCAAGGGUGCGCGCGCGGUCCUACAGAACGGUGACUGCGUUGCGCUGGAGCCGCCUCGUCUCCGGCGCGGGAUUUUCCGCACGCAGCUUGCGGGAGCGCCUCUGCCAGCCUGCCACAUGCCUCGCUUCGAGGACCAGAAUGACGCGAGGCGCAGUGACGAAGAGCAGGGCGCGCCGUCCAAGCGUGCGCGCUCGAAGGGCGAGGAGGUGAUCGACCUGUCGCUGUCGGACGACGACGAGGAGAAGCAGGGCGAGGGCCGCGAGCCGGAGAAGGAGAAGGCGCACGCCAUCGCUCCCUCUCCCGCCUCUCGACCCGCCGCUCCCGCCGCCCCGUCCUCCUCGGCGGCGGGUCCCAAGGCGGCGGGCCCCAAGGCGACGGGCAAGGCACCUGGCAAGGCGGCGGGCGGGGCUGAAUCGCUUGCCUCCCCGUGGAGCAGCAAGCAGCUUGCCUCCCCGUGGACGAUCGCGAGCGGCGCCUGCAAGGCAGCCCCCGCCGCCUCCCCCUACCCCGCCGGCGUGCCGAGCGUGCCGGAUGGCUCGGCCGCGCAGGGCGGCGUGCUGCGCGCCAGAUUCGUCGCGCCACCCUUCUCGUCGCUCGACGCGAGGCAGCCGGUGUGGCAGGAGCGCAAGAAGCACUGGAACGCGCUCUUCGACAGCGGCGCCGGCCGCUCGAACACGCUCCUCUCCGCCGGCCGCACCUCUGGCCUCGGCGUGCUCGAGAAGGCGGACGGCUCGGUGGUGGGCACCUCGCUCUUCGACCCCGUGCUCGCCGAGGUCAUGGUCCGCUGGUUCGCGCCGCGGCCGCGCCUCGUCGCCGCCGGGUCGCGCCUCGCCCCCGCCGGCAGGCCGGUCAUCGUCCUCGACCCGUUCGCGGGGGGGUGCGUGCGAGGGAUCGUGUGCGCGGGCCUCGGCUGCCUGUACGUCGGCGUCGACAUCUCCGCGAAGCAGGUGCGCGCCAACCAGGAGCAGUGGCAGCAGCUCGAGCGGAGCGGCCGCCUCGGCGAGGUCAAGCACGCGCCCGCCUGGCUCCACGGAGACGGCGAGCAGAUCGCGAGCCACUACCAGGGCGUGCUCGCCAGCCGCGGGCUGCCGCCGGAGACGCUCGCGGACCUCAUCCUCGCGUGCCCGCCCUACUAUGACCGCGAGCAGUACAACGGCGGCCCCCUCGACCUGUCGAUGCUCCCCACGUACAAGGCCUUCCUCGCAAAGUACCAGCGCAUCAUCGCCGCGGCCGUCUCGCUGCUAAAGCCGCAGCAUUUCGCCUGCUUCGUCGUGGGCAACGCGCGCGCCAAGGGCGGCGGGCUGCACGUCCUGCUGUCCGACACGCUGCAGGCCUUCGCAAAGGUGGACUGCACUCCGUACAACGUGGCCGUCCUCCUCACCGCGCUCGGCACGGCGCCGCAGCGCGCGGAGCAAACCAUGGCCGCGGCCUCGAAGCUGGUGCCGGCGCACCAGGACGUUCUGGUGGUUGUCAAGGGGAGGGGCUUCGACAAGAGCGAUGCUCGCGCGUGCGGCAUCCGCGCCAAGGAGGGCGCCUCCUCGCAGUCGUCCGCCGAUUCCCAGGGCUAGGUCCUUGUGGGUCUGGGAGCGUGUGGCUCUCUGAGGAUCGGGCGGUGCCGUCGCAUGGGAGAGUCUGCGCUGGUGCGCGUCUGACGCGCGUGUGUCUACCGCGUCUUAUGGUCUUGUUGGCCGGCUAAGAGCCGGAGAGCCAGAGAACGUCAUUGGACAUUGCUGUCUUCGCACUUCU